GUGACAAAUCUGAAGUACAGAGGAACAUGAUUGUAGCAGGUUUUGUACAAACUACCGCAUGACAGGCCCCCUCAGUGCUUUUUGAGUUUCGUGUCACAUAUUGUGUCAAUUGAUGUAUCAUCUUACUUGCUCUUGAAAUUUGGUGAUAGUCAGUCUUGGUGCGUAAAGCAGUCUUACUGCUAGCUGCCGUAGUCGACUAGGUUAGCGAUAUCCGAAUUCAACUAAUCUACGUCGUCUGGAACAAAGGACUGGAGUCGAGUUGUGUUACAAUCUGGAUGUAAGUUGCAUUUCCUAUACCUUUCAAAUAGUUGCGAGUUGAACUCAAAUAAAACUUGAUACAAUUCUCCAACCAUGCUGGCAGUAUCCCUAAUUGUAGUGUGAAAGUUGCAAGGGUCAUAAAGUCUGUCAAGCUAGGGCAAUGAAGGAUUACACACAAUAUGAUAACAAAUUGUUAGAAGGCGGUAAGUGAAGAUUUAAUUACUGUAACGCAUGCAUACACACAUCACCUGACUAUGUAAACUCGUUCAAAAUUUGCAUCCAUGAAAGUACACCUAAAUUGCAGGAUACGAUCAACCAUUUACGAUUGAAACACGUAAGACGCUAUCUUCCACAUGUAGGAACUGCAACAACAGUUAUACCAUACUAAGCUCACUUUAUGGAGAAGCAUGAGAGACAUGGGCAAUCGGAUUUGGCUGCUUGGUAUUUAUUGCCUUUUCCUUUCCGCAUGCCGUCUUUUUCAUGGCUGUCUCCGUUUCCCAGAAGUGAAAGAGACGGCAUAGCUCGGCAAACACUCCCGAAAUGGACAUAUUGAUGGAUCUGUAUGUGGAUAGACAGUGUCAUAAUUGAUGCCAUAGUACGUGCAUGGAGCUAUUUAUUUCGGCACUUCACUCAAGGAAAUCAACCGAUGCAUCUCCUGUAUUUGGUUUAGGGAAAUGAGUAGGUUGUAUGGCGAAACACCGGAGGCUCCAUACAAUGUUGGGAGUGGAAGCCAUAGAUUGCAAGUACAAGUUGCGUGUGGUGUGUGUGUGUGGAAGCAAGGUUUCAAUCGAUCUCCAGAGGUUUUGUUACCUAGAGUUGGAUGAAUUAGUUUCGUUGCAUUCAGAAGAUGCCGUGUGCGCUUCCUGUUUUGCAUCCAACUCCGAGAUCACAACCACUUGGAUUGUUAGAGCAGGGACCGCCGUGCAGAUUGCUACGAAAUAGCUUGAAACUGGCGGUCGUCUGAAGUUCGUUCUCUCGAGUAAAAUCAAUUGGCCCUCAAUGGCUUCCUUUCUCCUGUCGGAAGUGUACAUAGUGGAGCGAACGAUUGCAUCCGGGCAUGCGGAACUGGACGACCUUACGUGUGAGGCGACUGUAUGCACGAGUGAACAUCAAGCGUAUUGUGAAGCCAUUAAAAACAUGAUUCGCUUUGCGCUGGAUAAAAACUGCGACAGCGAGGAAGAAGAGAGCCUGCGGUACGAAAUGACGAAGACGAUGCGAAGGAGGGGAAUCAGCGUAGAGAGGCGCUACAAGAGGCUCAAGGAUUUGAUCAUUGGUGCAAGCCGUGCAUUCAAUGCUGAGAAGACCUACUAUACUGUGAAACGCAGUGCGAUCGUCGCACAGGAGAAGGUCGACGAGGAAGCCAUGAUAAUCGAUGCGCUGAAGCAGCUUGGAGCAAUGGAUGAGAAAGCAGAGGAGCCACCUAAACGCGCGUCUAGAAACGCGACACAGGCCCCACGAGACCCAUCGCUCAAGGGACGUGGACGCGUCUUGCCUCCUUUACUUGCACACGAGCAAGGCCUUGCCAGGAAGAGAGCUCGUGACCAUGAUUCUCGUCUCCAUCACAACAUUUUCUAAGAGUGAGAAGACUGCCGAGUCUCACCAUUUCCCAAACGUGCUUGGACAAGCGGGCAUCCAACUCCGGUAGUUUCUCAAAUCUUACUUCAAGUUAAACCAUCACCUGAGCAUUUCAGUGUUUCCAUCAGCAGUGCUGUGGAGAAGAUAAGCAAUUGUACGUCUCUUCAAAUGAACUGCUUCGGACACAAUCUUGCACACAUUUGGUUGUUUGACAGGGUGGACAUUGCGCGGAUACUAUUCACAUCGAAACUUCGUUCAAACAUUCGAAUCAAGAAUUCCCGCUCUCUGUGGAAUUACCUAAACAACACGGAUCAGUCGUAGCACUACUACCAGGAUCAGAAUCAUCUGAAAAAGAGACUUCACUGUAAUAUCUGCUUCCAGUUAAGCAGUGAACGGCGACGCCUUCCGAGCACAUCAUUUUUUUAUUUUAUUUUUUCUUUUCACUUUAUUGUUUUGUUUUAUCGAAAUGCUCGAAGUAGUUAGGUCCAUCAAAUCUUUCUAGGUCUAGAAUCUUUCCAUCACUUGCGAAUUUUCUACCCUAUCUUGUGUGUCAAUCCUGAACUUGGGCUCGGGCCUAAGUAAGAAUGUGUGUGUUUUCAUCCGGCACUUUGGUUUUCGUCAAUGUAUGAGUGAUACCUUAAGAAAGAUUCUUGAAAUAUUGAAUGUGA